CCGCUUUCUACUGAAAUCAUGAGCCCUCAGGUCUGGUUAAUCACUGGUGCUUCCUCAGGCUUCGGUGCACUUCUGGCUGAAGGUGCCCUGAAAGCUGGCCACCACGUCAUCGCCACUGCACGCAAUCCAACCAAAGCAGCCCAGGAUUAUCCCCAGAUAGUAUCACUGGGUGGUAAAUGGCUUCAAUUGGAUGUCACCGAGACUGAUACGAAAGAAAAAGUGGAAAAAGCCGUGAUGGAGAAUGGAGGAUACAUUGAUGUGGUCAUCAAUAACGCAGGAUAUGGCCUCCUAGGUAGCAUUGAAGAUAUCAGUGGGGAGGAGUUGCACACUCAAUUUAACGCAAAUGUGUAUGGAGUAAUCCGCGUCAUAAAGGGUGUGCUCCCUUUAAUGAGAGGACAGCGAAGUGGUACCAUUGUCAACAUCAGUAGUAUAGCUGGGUUUGUGGCUGGCCCUUCUACUGCCGCGUAUUCCAUGUCGAAAUUCGCAGUUGAAGCUCUCGCAGAAUCACUAUCAGCGGAGCUUUCUGCGUUCAACAUUCGGGUACUAGUCGUGGAACCAGGUGCUUUCCGCACCAGUUUCAUUGGAUCUCACAAACUUCCUGCUGCCGGGCUAAAUAAAGAUUACGAAGAUACUAUUCUGGCUCGGACAAUACACAUAUGGGACACUUUGGCCGGUAAGCAGCCCGGGGAUCCAGUCAAGGCAGUGAGCCGGAUGCUUGAGGUGAUUCAAGGGACUGGGCUGGCUGCCGGCACGCCACAUUUUCUUCGAUUGCCGCUUGGAACAGACUGCUUUCCUCGGAUGCAGGCGAAGUUGCAGUUGGUGCAACAGAACUUGGAUGCAAUGAAAGAAAUUUCUCUCAGUACUGCCGUUGAUUCAGAGUGAGCAAUGUUGAGGGUGAAUGGAACACGUCAUGGGAAUUUAGACUAAUCGAGAAUCUUUCCAGAUUCCAAUAUCCUUUUCCGAGUCUUUUAUGUUAGAUUGAAGAUGGACCAGUAUAGAUAUUGAGUACAGAAAUAAGUG